UAUAAAAACAGCUCCCAGAUAAUUUCCGGGGAAAAUGAGAAUUUCCUGAUUUUGCGGAAAAGACGUUUCAAAAUGGAUGAAUGUUUUGGUGGCUGAAAGGAGCAGUAGCAGUAACAGCAGCAGCAACAAUGGCUACCAGUGCUCCACUGUCUCUGCGUUACCAUAGUGACCAACUGAACAACAAGGUCGUGUCAAUGCUACGCGAGUUCUACCUGACAGGGGAGUUCUGUGACGUGGUGCUGCACGUAGGAAGUCUUGCCAUACACGCUCACAGGACUGUCCUAGCAGCAUUCAGCCCAUACUUCAGAGACCUUUUCCAUCAGCCAUCCAACAAGCACAAGACAGACAUCACCCUCGGCAACCAUCUCCGUGACGAGUCCGUACGCCAGCUCGUUGACUUCUGCUACUCUAGCAACAUCACCGUGGAUACACAGUCCGCAGACAAGAUCCUCAUGGCGGCCAACUUCCUGCAGAUCAAGGAGAUAGAGAAGCUCUGCAUUACGUUCCUUGCUGCACAACAGGCUCUCAGAUCUGAGGCAAUUCAACAGCAGAUGCCACAGACAGUGUUUGUCCCCACGACAACCAGCACCCUGUCUCCCACGCAAAACAAGCCUCGUAGUGACAGUCGAGAGCUGGUGUGUGCUGACACUUCAGGUAUCGGCAGCAGUAACAACAGCCCUCGCCAGUCUUCCCGGCCCAGUUCUGUGCCCAGCGGGAAUGGAUCUGUCAUAGUGCAGCCCCUAGAGGACCAGGAGAUGGAAGUUAUCAAUGUAAAGAAGGAACACCAAGAGGAUUCUCCUAAUGGUAUGAUUUUUUAUCAUCCAGUGUUUCCCCUGAGCAGCAGUUACACCUGGGGUCGCUCGGGUACACCUUAUGACACAUUUCGAUCUGGCAUGCCAGCGUUCCCAGGUUUUUUGUUUCCGCCCCUGCCCAGUGCCUUCCCCCUUCCUGUAACAUCAGCAGUCCAGCAUCAACUGCUUAUGAAAGCCUUGGCCAAUCAAACCCCAACUCUACAUCACGCUGGGGAUUCACUUCUCGAGACAGGGGAAAUCUCUUCAGGUAAAUACGCAAUUGCCGCUCAGGUGAAAGAUUCAGACAAUACGGGCAACCUGUCAGACCCAGAAGAUAACAGCCAGCCAAUUGCCCUCCAAUGUCACGUCUGCCUUAAACAGUUUGAGACGAGCACCGGCUUGAAGGAUCACGUCCUCUUGGAACACAAAGACUUAACGUCGCCGAUUCUCUCACCACCGUACAAGAUGUUGUCUCCGGGACAAAAGCUGGAGAAUCCUCAUAGUCAGGCCAGUUCCCAACAAGAUAGCCCGCGGGAGCGCAAAGAUAGCGGCGAAACUUACGGCGGAAAUAACAUGUGCGGAACUUGCGGGAAGUCUUUCCGGGAUCCUCAGUCACUGAAGUUCCAUCGCUACAAUCACGUGUUGCGUUACCAGUGUAACUUCUGUGGAAAGCGUUUCUCUCGCAGUUGGAACCUGCACCGGCAUCGCAAGACGCACUAUCGCCAGCUGCACGACUCUGCUGGAGUGGGUGGAGACGAGGUGAAUGUGAUCGAUGUCGACUCAGACCACGGGAACGGAAAUAAUGGAAAUCAAACCACGCCUACCUAUGAAAUUGAUAAAGAUCUGAUUGUACCUUCGCCGUACGUUGAUUACAGGAACCACAGACACAAUAUUAUGCCUUUCGCCUUUGAUUUGAGCAAAUCUGGCCCUUCCAGUACGUACGUCAUGGCGGAGCAUAAGCAAGGAAGUGCUAGAGAAGACAAUAAAGAGGAAGGGGAACGAAGUAUUGAGAUUGAACAAAACAGGAGAAAUAACCCUCGUCCUAUGGAUGAUGAUUCUGAUAAAAGUGAUUAAUUGCAUCUUGGCCCUAGAGUAGAAGUAUUUGUUACAAAAUUAGAGAUCGUAGUUUAAAGUUAACCAAAUUUUUCAAAGAAAUAUUUUGGUAAUUAUUAGCUUUUUACUGUGUAAGUAAGAACAGUAUUAAUAGUUAGUUGAUAGUCCAUUGAAUCGAUAGAAGCAAGUAUGGAGAAGAUAACAAUUACAUUAAAACUAGGGCACCAUGGCAGAGGCAGAUACCAAUGUAUGGAAAACCGUUCACCCUCAUUCUUGUGAUCUGUGAGCAAGUUAGUUUGGUAAAUGGAAGGAACAUGACUAUAUAGUGCUACUAUUUUACUUUAUCAGUAAGUAUAGGGCAUUAUUGAUAGGAGAUUGAUUAUAAUGUGCUACUCUUUUACUUUAUCAGUUAAAAGUGCUACUAUUUUACUUUAUCAGUUAAUAUAGAUAAUUUAUUUAGUUAUCAUUAUGUUUAGAGCUUUCGUUGGAAAUGAAGUUAAAUAAGUUGUUUCACAUUUAGAAAAUAAUGGCUUACAUUAGAAAAUAAGUCCAUAAGCAAAUAAACCAAGAAAGAAACCACAAUGGUGUGAUCAAGGCAUAUUCAGGCAAAUUUUACCCAGAAAUUAUUGGUUACCAAUAUCAGAUUACAUCCCUAAAUGUGGAUAUAUAUAUCCUUAUAAAUAUGAGUCUUGUUCUGUGAAAAUUGGGCAUAAUGCAUGUACGUAAAGUG